CAGUAGGCCAGGACGACGCCAGGUGCCCGGGCGGGGAAGCGGCCAAAUGCGAGCCAGAUGUUCGACAAUCGAAAAGUGGGAAGAUGAGCGCAAGCGCAGUGUGGGAAUGUGUCCAUUCGGGCAGAUUUUCAAUUGCCACCUCUUCUUCCGGCGCCAUGAUCGGCGGAAUUGCGCGGAAUGGAGUGGGACAUCGACGUUUGGUAGGGAGUUUUCCCAAAUUUCGUCAAUGUUCGGCAAAUGUGGCGCAGUUUACUUCUCUCCGUUUGAGCUCGAGUCGCAGAGGAGGGCUUGCUUUGACGCUGUCUUCUGAGUUCAGCUGGUUCCGCCCGAUCAGACCUUCUCUGAAUUUCCCGUCUUUAUCUUCUUAUGAGUUUAGGGCUUCUUCUUUCUCCAAUACAGAAAGUCUUGGUCCACCUGAUCUUGAAAGUGAAAUUGAAGAGAAGGCCGGCAAAAGAGAGUGGAAAGUGCUCGAAAAUUUCGUCAAAGCUCUAGGAGUAGCAAUACUUGUAUGUACAUUUUUUUUGCUAAAGACCAAAAUUGUAGCCAGAAGUCCGAGGUUGUUAUUAUCAAGCUUGAAGACGGAGAGGAUCAUUGAUGGUGAAGUUGAUGGACACGAGGUUUGUAGUAAGAGCCCACCACACAGACCAGCAUUGGAUUCUCCAUAUGGUAGUGUAAGAAAGAGUUUUUCCUCGAGCAUUUUGCAAAACUGGCGUCAACAAGCCGGGAUCAAUGAAAGAGGCAAAUACAUGUAUAGAGCGGCUUUGGGAGGAACAACUAGCGUGAUGCCCACAUAUGUAAACACUGCGGUAGAUCAGGAUUUACUGGAGAUCGAUGAAGAGGCAUUUGAGCAGUGGCUGGUAGAAGUGAAGGACACAGCUGUAAAGAAAGGGUUGCGAGAGAGUGUAGUUGUACAGGCCCUUCAGGGCCUUCGGCCAUCGAAACGCAUCAUGGAGUUGGACAGCAACCAGCCAGAGGUCAAACUCACUCUAGAGGCUUAUUUGAAGAAUAUGAUUAAUGUCUACAGGGUGAACAAAGGGGUUUCUGGCUUCCAAGAAAAUGAGCUGUUAUUGACGGAAAUUUCCAGCAAGUAUGGAGUGCCUUCUCCAAUUCUCGUGGCAAUAUGGGGCAUUGAGAGCAGCUAUGGGGCCUACACAGGGAACUGGGAUGUUAUUCGAGCUCUUGGAACUCUUGCCUAUGCUAGUAAGGAGCCACGACGGGCACAAUUUUUCAAGGGUGAACUCUUCCAAGCUCUUCGUAUUAUUCAGGAUGGCCAUGGACCGCAAAGUUUGGACAAACUACGAGGUUCUUGGGCUGGAGCUAUGGGACAAUGUCAAUUCAUGCCAACAAGCUUUCAAGCCUAUGCCGUCGACUAUGAUGGGGACGGUCGAAAAGAUAUCUGGGAAUCUCGGGCCGACAUAUUCGCUUCAAUGGCCAAUUAUCUGAUGAAGCAUGGAUGGAAGAGAGGGGGUCUUCUCGCACAAAAGGUCAAAAUAGAGGGCAACAUUGACAAGAAAUUGAUCGGCUUGCAAGUUCAAAAAUCGGUGCUUGAGUGGACAAAUAUGUACAAAGUGCGGGUAGACGAAGGGCAACCCGAACUACCACCGCAUGAAAUGGCUAGUUUGGUCGCUCCCGAUGGGCCACAAGGUUCAGCCUAUCUGGUGUUUUCCAACUUCAGGACUAUAAUGCGUUAUAACACAUCCUCACUGUACGCAAUCGCAGUUUGGCAAUUAGCCCUACAAAUAAUUGACGGCUUAGGAUCAUCGAUGGCGCAGUUUCCUGAGCUGGUUUCUACCUUGAAAUGUUAGUAGGCCGGACCGGUAGGAAUUCAACACUGAUAAACGGAGCUCUAUGAGCUGAUCUGUGCAGUCCUUCAGAUCACAUCAACUUUAGUACACCUAGUGUCAUUUUGAGCUUAAGUGCGUGUCCCUGUCAUAGUGAACUAGGUUCAUGUGGACUCGAAAGUUGUCCAUUAGUUUCCUCCCAAAUCAAGGGAGUGAACUUUCAUAUACGUCGGGGGUAGAGUUUUCCAGUUUUUCCUGGUUUGUCCCACAGUCGAGGGCCUAUCACACAAAUAAAGUCGGGCAUUUACGACCUUCGGAUCCACAGGUCGCUGCAGAUUGGGUGGAAGAAGUUAUGUCAUUGUGGAUCUGAAGAUAUUGGAGAUCGAGUUUACCAUGUAUCCAACGAGGCGUAUUAUCUAUAAUCCCACUUUACAUGUGUAAUCUUAAACUUCCUUUAACCAUUCAUUUCUACAAUUUCAGU